AUGACGGACAGCAUCAAGGGAAUUGAACGGUUUGACAGUCCGACGAAAGGACGAGGUCUCCGCGUUACCAGAGCCUUUAAAGUUGGAGAGCUCAUCUUCUGCACCCCGGCUUACUCUUACGUGUUGUCAUUGAAUGAGAGGGGCUACUACUGUGAGUUCUGCUUCACCAGGAAAGAAGGCCUGGCAAAAUGUGGGAAGUGCAAGAAAGCCUUUUACUGCAAUGUGAAAUGCCAGAAAGGGGACUGGGCUAUGCACAAGCUGGAGUGUUCAGCAAUGACUGCAUUCAGAGAGAACUGGUGUCCAUCAGAGACGACCCGUCUGGUGGCCCGAAUCCUCGCCAAGAAGAAAGCACAGAAGGAACGAUGUGCAUCUGAGAAGAUCAUGCCAAUUGGAGAGAUGCAGUCACAUGUGGAGGAUGUAGAUAAUGAGAAAAGAGAGAUGAACGAGGCAGACAUAGCCGGACUGUAUCGUUUUUACUCCAAACACUUGGAUUUUCUCGACCACAAAGACCUGCUAACACUCCUCUCACAGGUUUCCUGUAAUGGUUUCACUGUAGAGGAUGAUGAACUGUCCCACAUAGGUACUGCAAUCUAUCCAGAUGUGGCACUGAUAAACCACAGCUGUCUCCCCAGCGUUAUAGUCACAUAUGAUGGGACGUCAGCUGAGGUCCGCGCAGUAAAGAACAUGAAGCCUGGAGACGAAGUGCUCAUCAGCUACAUAGACCUCCUCUAUCCAACAGAUGACCGCAACAACAGGCUGAGAGAGUCUUAUUACUUCACAUGUGACUGCCAGGAAUGUAAAACCAAGUCCAAAGACAAGGCAAAGUUGAAAGUGCGCAAGCGAAGUGACCCCAUUGAGACAGACGUUAUCAACAACAUGGUACGCUAUGCCAAAAAAGCCAUCAGAGAGUUCCGGGCCCUCAAACACAUCAAGACCCCUAGUGAGUUGCUGGAGAUGUGUGAGCAGAGCCUGGAGGAGAUGGGAGCCGUUUUUGAUGAUACCAACAUCUACAUGCUGCACAUGAUGUACCAGGCCAUGGGUGUUUGUGGUUGCAUGGAAGAUUUACAUGGAGCUGUCAGAUACGGAGAGAAGAUCAUUAAACCUUACAGCCAGCUGUAUCCCCCCAACUCUUUGAAUGUGUCCUCAAUGUACCUGAAGCUGGGCAGACUUUAUAUGAUUCUGGAUAAGCCUUCAAUGGGUCUUAACAUGUUCAAGAAGGCAAUGGCUAUAAUGGAAGUGGCUCAUGGGAAGGAUCACCUCUAUCUGAAAGAGUUGCGCAAAGAGAUGGCACAAAAAUGAAGUGACAACAAAGAAACACUGUGACGUGGGUGUUCACUAUGGACUGCAUACACUCCUUGGAUUAGGAGCUUUACAGAACUGUAGGCGCUUUCUGCUAUUUUUGGCAUUGAAUCAAACAUAGAGAACAUUCAUGUUUUUAUAUUUAUUUUUGAGAUUUAUCUUUUACCUGUUAUGUAUGCAACAAGUUGCAGGAGGGAAAAUUUAGUACCAAGUGGGAAAUUAAUGUUCAGUUGUGUGUGAAAAUCUGUGUGUAUGUGUUUUUUUGAGAAGCCCUUUUUAAAAUUAUGAAUGAUUUCCUGUUUGUUUUGGUUUGUGACUGACAUGUCAGCUGGACCUGCCAUCCAUUAGUGUGGAGUUGUUUACAUAUGUGCACAGAGGGUCAAUGCAAGAAAAUCCCUGUCCACCGACAAGGACAGCAGCUCUGCCACCAGGGGCCUAUUAAAGCAGCAGAUUGUGCCAUUUCACAAUGGAGGGCUGGGAUGGAGUACUGUGUUUGCAUUAACACCUUGUGUGACUCCUCUGUGCUAAUUAAUGUCCCCAGCACUGCGAGGUGAGAGAAAAUCUCUCCAACACACACCGCAUUAACAGCUAAGAGAUUGUAAAAAGUCAUAAGUAAAUUAUGAUGCGGCCACAAUUUUAAAGAAAAUAAGGCUUUAUUGCAUAAUAAGCAAGUACGACAGUUUCAUAUAUGUCUGGGGAGAGAAAAACAACAGACUUGAUGCACUGAAAACGCAUAUACAAAACAUAUGUACACAUACUUUUGGGAGUUUUGCUAAAAACAAAUGAUGGGGGGAAAAUUAAAUAUAAACAAACAGUGGAAUGCCGUGUGAGAAAAUACUGUCACAAAGAGAACAGAAGUGCAACAAAACACUUAUAUGUCAAAAGAGCAUAAAGCUUAUACUUAUCUGAGAAUAUAUACAAUGAAAUAUAAAAAUGCAUGCAUAGUUAAUUAUGUUGCGGUAUUUUUCUGGUACCAAGUCAAAACAAAAACAAAAAAAACUAUAUAAAACAUUUGUAGAAAUCCUUUCUCACAUGCCCAUUACUGUAUGUACAAAAGUUACUUUGGACAUGACUGGCUUUGCAUCAUGGUUCAGAAAAAUAAAACAGUAAUGUAACAUGGCAAAGGAGGUUCUUCAGCAUGUCACUUUAUAAAGAGGAUUUUAGGAACAUGGCAACACAGUCAUCUUUUGAGUUUGGAUCAGAUUGAUAGAAAUGGACAGAAAGACAGUCGUGUCACUUUUAUACCAUUUUUCCUUCAAUAACAAGACAUGAGCGUACUCUUACCUGAGCGUUAUGUGAAUAAAUUGAAACGUUGAAGUAGUUGUUAUGAAAAACAAUACUAUGAAAUACUGAUUCUAAGAUUUCAUCUUAGGAGAUAAAAAAAAAAAGUAAUUUAGUUUACCCAUCAAGAACCCUAAAACAAAGAUAGGUAUAUCAACCAGGCAGCUUCUCCUUGUUAUAUAUUUCAAUAAGGCACAAUGAUACAAUAUAUACAGUAUUUGCUGUAUAAGGGCACAGUUCUAUAUUGAAUGCACAUGUAAACUGUGAAAUCUCUGAUUCCAAUGCAUUGUUUUAAAUGCUGUUUAUGGUUUUGAAACGCUUCUGGGUAAGAGAUGCGGUGGACACAUUUUGAUCACAGGAAACUGUGAUUGAAGAUUGAAAUAAGUAAUUGUUGAAAUGUACUUGGUGAGAGUGUGCAUGUGUAAGAGGGAUCUUACUAGAAAUGUAUUGAAUGAGGCAACUUCAGAAGGAAAAUGGGAGCAAACCUUAUGACACUCACAAGGAAGGUUAUACAAAAAACAAUUAAGACAAGUUCAAAAGGUGAAAAAGGAUUUACAUGCUUGUCAAAACUCUGUUCAAUGACAAAGGUGACCACAAUCUUGAGAGAAAUAAAUAAAAAAACAUUUGUAACAAUGCUGAA